ACCAUCAGCGCCGGUUCCGUUUUCCGGCCUUGCUUCGCUGUUCAUGGCUCGCUUGUUUUUCUUUUAAUUGUCCCGCGAGAAACAUUCGCGUUGAGUUGUCACAGUUGCCACAUGCGGCACUCUGAUGUUUCGCUCGUUCGCCUUUGUGUUGCAAUAUUGUAGUCUCUUCCAAGCGCAAAACCGAUUUUUUCACGAAUUCUUGUAUGAGUCUUUCUUUGUCAAUUCGUGGCGCCCUCAACCGCAAGUUGUGUUGUUGUCGUUGAUACGAAGCGAUGUUAGAGCUGCGAGGGGCGUUUACAUUCGCCGGGAGAUUUGCGGCUGGGAUCAGUUGAUGCUCUUUAACGAAGUAUAGGUCGUCUUAAUAAAGUUUAAACCACCACCUUCUCGUUCAUCUGUUGUGCACCAUGGAUUCAGCACCCAUGCAGACUAAAGGCGACCAAGAGGACAAGAUGCAAGAAAUAAGUGAGCUGCUUGUUGCAGCCGGUUACUUUCGUGCUCGAAUUAAAGGAAUAUCGUCUUUUGAUAAGAUUGUCGGUGGCAUGGCGUGGGCAAUCGAAGUCUGCGCUGUGGAUAUCGACGUCGACCUUCCAUUUAACGAAAACCUCAGCAUCGGUCAAAAGAUAUCGCUGACGGAGAAAAUAGUGCGAGUGUUGCUGCGAAUGAAAUGUCCGCAUAGGAUCGAACCCCAUCAGAUACAAGGGUCGGACUUCGAUCACAUAUUUCCUGUCAUUCAAUGGCUAGUGAAAAAGGCCAUUGAAACAAAGGCAGAAACUGAGGACAUUCACCGAGAGUAUGCUGUCUACUUGUUCAACAAGGCUCAUGGCUCAGUGGACACAGUCAACAAGGACAUGUCUGGCAGAGUGCCAUCUGCUGCAGCCUUCUCAAAUGCAUAUGCCACUUUGCAGGAACGGUACCGCCCAAGGCGUCGCUACCGUCAUCAUGCUCGGCAUACACUCAAGACAGAAGCUGCCCAGGUGCAGGCCACUCUCCUUGAGUACGGCUCUGGCACGCAUCGAACCAGGGGUGCUGAGGGUGAUCAGUCUCAGCAGGAAUCUGAGGUGAUUCUGAGCAACAUGGCUCCUCUAGCUUCGGCAGAGGGGCGUGUGACGACCAAGUCUGUAGGCAACAUUGUACAGAAGCAAGCGGCUGAAGCCCGCGAGAUAGCCGAAGACUUGGAGCGUAGGCCAAUGAUCCACAUGCCUGGUGCUGCCCGUCAUGCAAGGAUGCUCAGCUUGGUGCAGAAACAGCUAGAAGCCAAGAAGGAGGUCUUGCAAAAGGGUCAGGAUCAACUUGAAAAGCUGCGUGAAGAGUAUGAGCUGCUGCAGAAAGAGGACAAAGAGGCUGAGGCUCAGCUCGAAGAAGUGCGUGCGGCUGCCAAACGCAUUGCUGAGGGCGUUGGCAGCCAGGAACCACAGCUGGCAAAACUGUGCACACUGCUGCGCAUAAACGCCGAGCUUGCCGACCAGGAGUCUCGCUUUCGAGCUAGCUGUCGGCAAGAGAUGCAACGGCUACAGGAGCUUGUGGCUUCGCCAGAGCCAGAGCAGGCGGCUGGCAACACUGCAGAGGACAGCCAAGUUGAAGCUCAGUGUCAGCAGGAGAGGGAGAGGCUACAGCGCAUGCGACUUCUUCUGGCUAAGAAGAACAGGGAGAUUGCAGCCAUACAAAGGAAGAUUGAUGAAGUGCCGUCGCGCGCAGAGUUGAAUCAGUAUCAGCGCCGUUUUGUUGAAUUAUAUGGCCAAGUGGCUGCUACCCACCGAGAAACAAAGCAGUUCUUCACACUAUACAACACUUUGGAUGACAUUCGCAUGUACUUGGAUAAAGAGAUUGGCCUACUCAACUCAGUACUGGAAAAUUUCACAGAAGCCAUGUCAAACCCAGCCACCAAAGAUCAGUUCCUGGCACAGUUUGAGCAGAUCGUUGAAGGUGUCAAACAGAAUCGUUUGAAGGUUGAGAAGAAAAGACAAGAGGCUAAGAUGUCACGUGACAGACUGCAUGAUAGCCUCCUCGAAUUGGUGGACAAGCAGAGGCUCUACUUCCGCACGGUCAAAGAAUUCAAGGAGGAAUGCCGGAAGAAUGAAGUCCUUGUAGGGAAGCUGAAAGAAUCAUCGGGGAAGCAGCGAUGAUAGAUUGUAGGUUUUUCUUGAACUUGCUGCAAUGUCUACCAAAGUGUUGCACAUUCCACGAGCUCUUUUUCUUAUUUUUAGGCCUUUUCUUUCAGCUGCUAGCUGUAAUAAAUCAUAUCUAUAUACAGUACAAAUA